UAUGCUCCUCAACUGUGAAAAAGAGUUCCGGAGCGAAGACAGCAGUGCUGCGUGUGCCUUUACCUUUCUCUCUCUUACAAAAUACCAUCGUUUAUGUAGUUGUUUUAAACCUUUUUUUUCAUUCUGAUGGACAGUUUCAGCAUUUUAACUGCAACCCCAGAAAAGUUUGGUUUUCCUUAUUUACAGGGAUGUCAAAAAAUUAACAUAAGUGGGAAAAGUCCUGGAAUAUGCUUCAUUUUAAGGGGGACACUGACUGCCUUGGAGAGGAGAGGAGAAGAAAUACUCAGGGGGACUGACAUCCUGGGAAGAAGUUUCUUUCGGACGGGAUAUACAAACACAAAGUGGAGAGGAUUUUCAAAGAUGGAGGACACAGUAGAAGAGGCGGUACAGGAUAGGAGGAGCGGAAAGACAUAAGAUGGCGUGAGGACCAAAGCCGGUGGUUGGUUUGAUCUGAGCCACGUGUGCGUUCAGCCACGUCUCUUCACCGCUUCAUGGAUGUCGACGAAACGUUGGGUUCCUCUGAUGGCCGGUCUCUUCAGUCUCAGACCAGGUAGCGCAUUGUUCAGUCUAAAGCAGGUUUGUGGCUCAGUAACUGAUAUAGAGGGGUAAAUGAACCAAGCGCUGCCCGAACAAGACAUGAAACUGAAAAAAUGACUGUGAAUGUCAACAGUACUAGAAAGAACAAGAUCAACUGACAAUGUCACCACUCAUCGCUCAAGGACGUGGUUCAACCAGGGAUUCAGACAGAAGAAUGAGCCCUUCCUCCUGAACCCAUGGCGUCCAUGAAAUCUGCACUGUCGCCCUCUCUAUCACUGGCCAUGAGUGUAACUGGAAGCUGAUAGCAUGUGAUCAACGGCACUGGGAGAGACCCAGCAUCCCGCUGUUACACCACCGUCAAACCUAGCCGUCUUUGUCAAGAAAAUGGCCGAUGCCGGUUUCCGACUUUGGAAAGAGGACGAGUUCCAGCAAGCAGAUUUUCUGACGUCACAGUUAGCAUCACUCCAUCUCAUGGAUGAGAAGACCAACCAAAUGGGGGAUGAGCCUCCACCCCAUUUUGUCUGUCCUCCAAUGAUGUCAUCAUCCAGCCAAUCACAACAGGAGACUGACAUAUCUUCAGCUACAUGCUCUAAUCCGUCACCAGCAGAUCAAGAGUCCGUGGAGCCUAGGAUGAGCCGAAAUGACAGCGAGGCUCAGCCUCCUACUUUGACAUCUUUCCUGCAGGACCUUUCCACCACUGCCGCUGCUGAUAAUGAUGUGUUUCAAGAGUUAGGAAACGUCCCCAAGGAAGACGAGAUCCAACGCAAGAACAUCAUCACUACCGCAAUGGCAGCAUGUGAUUCCUGCUCUGAGCAAAACCAGCUGGUUGAUGCAGAGUGGUACUGGGGCAACAUCUCAAGAGACGAAGUGAACAGGAUGAUGAGGAACACACCUGAUGGCACAUUCUUAGUCCGAGAUGCUUCUACCAAGGUCAAGGGAGAAUACACCUUAACACUGAGGAAAGACGGCUCCAAUAGACUGAUAAAGAUCUUCCAUCAUGGAGGGAAGUACGGCUUCUCUGAGCCAUUGACUUUCCUUUCAGUCGUGGAUCUUAUUCAGUAUUACCAGGACAAGUCACUCGCCCAGUACAACUCUAAACUGGAUACCAGGCUGCUGUUUCCCAUCUCGAAAUAUCUGCAGCAAGUGAUGGAGGUUGACAUUGAUGCAGUCGGAGAACGGCUCAAGUUAUUUCAGGACCAUUAUGAAGAGAAGAGCAAAGAGUAUGACCGCCUCAACAAGGAGCUUAACCAAACAUCACAGGAAUUGCAGACUAAACGGAUGGCCAUUGAGGCUUUCAGUGAAAUCAUUCGGAUUUUUGAGGAGGAGUGUGAAACCCAAGAACGCUACAGCAAGGAAUACAUUGACAUGUUCCUAAAAUUAGACAACAAUACGGAAACUGACAAGUCGACUCUCCUGCCUGAUUCUCGGAUUCAGAAUAACUCUGAUGAGCUGCAGUCAAGGGUGGAGGAGAUACACAACAGCAAAAUGAUGUUGGAGGACGAAUUAAGGAGCAAAGUGCUGGCCCACAUGGAGGUUGACAGGAAAAUAAACCACCUGAAGCCAGACCUUGUGCAGCUCAAGAAGAUCAGGGAUCAGUAUUUGAUCUGGCUCUCACAGCAAGGAACCAGUCAGAGUCAGAUUAAUGACUGGCUCGGUGUACGAAAUGAAGAGGACCCAUACACCCUGGCAGAUGGUACCCACCACGAGGAGAGGACCUGGUAUGCUGGAGGCAUGACGCGGAAGGAGGCAGAGGAGCUGCUUAGGGGGAGGAGGGAUGGCACUUUCCUUAUCAGAGAUAGCCAAAGUCAGAGAGGAUCCUUUGCCUGCUCGGUCGUUGUGGACGGGCACGUGAAGCACUGUGUGAUCAACAGGACAUCUACAGGCUAUGGCUUUGCUGAGCCCUAUAACCUGUACUCAUCCCUCAGAGAGCUGGUCCUCCACUAUCAGCACACAUCCCUGAUCCAACACAACCAGCAGCUGAAUGUAACCCUGGCCUGGCCUGCUCUCAGCCAGCAGCCCAGCUGAGAAACCACCAGCACGCCACACUGAUAGCACUUUCUCAACGCUUCACUAUAUGAGCACUCAGAAGAUGAAAAAAAAACAGAGGGACACUGUUAACCAGCUCAAACUGAACAAAAUAUUACUGUUUUUAAAAUUUUAGCGGUUAUUUUUAUAUUUAUAUCCAACUGUCCAACAAAAGCAUGAUGUCACAUCAAAAUAUCAGAAAUACCGUCCUUUCCAAGGCAGUUUUAAGGAUAAUUACAACUGGCAUGUUUUUCUUGUUGGGCAACAGUUACACAAAAUUAGCAGAUGUGGUUCUACAUUAAAAAGCUUUUCUAGCAAUGACAAGUUUGAAACCUCACGUGCUGUGACAGUAUGAUGGAGUCAGUCAGUGUUGCCAUGAUGCGAUUUUCACUGGACCCGUGCUGCUGGUGGACCCAAAACCGUACAAUCAAUCAAUCAAUCAAUCGGUGCAACUGUAAUUAUUAUUCAUUCUCAUUUUUUUACUAAUAUAGUGUUCAUGUAGCUUACUUUACUACGAACUCUCAAAAAUUCAACAAGAGAAUAAGCCAAUUUUCACACAAGUGUAACUUUUUUCAGCUAAAUCGCAGCUCUGCUAAAUUAUUUUUGGAAUUGUCAUGUUUUCAUGGUUGGAAAGGACAGUCAAACCUCGGUUUUCGAAUGCCCCAGUUUUCGCCAUAAUUUUGCCUUUGUUUGUGUACACUCUCAGUUUUCGUACAGUAUUGUGCGUAACAAACUAGUCCGGUUAACCUGUGCUGUACUGUAUGUUUGUAUUUUUUGUUGACAUCUUUGGGCGUCUGGAACAGAUGAAUUUUAAUUUGAAUUAUUUCCGAUGGGAAAACUUGCUUGGUUUCGUACAUUUCUGUUUUCGUCUGACCUAGGGGUGUCCAAACUUUUUCCACCGAGGGCCACAUACAGAAAUUGAAAGGAUGCAAGGGCCACUUUGAUAUUUUAUAAAAGAUACGCUAAGAAUUUAUGUAUUUCAAGAAAUUUGUGAUAUAGGUGAAAAAGCGUAUUAGUAUAAACUUCAGUCUUUGCUUUUUUUUUUGCUGUUGUUUUUUUUUAUUUCAACUUUCUUCUUAAAUAAUCUUUGUAAAUUUUAUUUUUGUAAUAUUAUGACUUUAUUCCAAUAAUAUUUUGAUUUUAUUUCCAUAAUGUAACGUAACUUUUUCCCAACAUAGAUUUUCCAAAAAUUAUAACUUCCUUUUGUUUUGUUUGUUUCUCAUAUUACGUAACACACACACACACACACACACACACAACACAUAUAUGCAUAUAUAUAUAUAUAUACUGUAAAUAUAUAUGCAUAUAUAUAUAUGCAUAUAUAUAUAUAUAUAUAAUA